AUGAGCAUGGUUUCCUUACCGCUCUUUUUGGGCCGUUGUACUUUGUCAGCCUUCUCGGAGCGUCUGAUGAGAAUUCAGUACGUGUCGCAAGAACUCCGACAACGAUUGUUCAAUGUCCUCGACGGUCUCGAAAUCGUCGAUCCGCAUACACACAUCAACCCGCAUCAGCCAGCCGCGAACACGUUGGCCGACAUCUUGGGCUACCACUAUUACACUGAGCUUGCCCAUUCUGCCGGAGUACCGCGCGAGUACAUCGAAGAGCCGGGCUUGGAACCUAAAGAAAAGGUCUCCCGCAUCGUGGCCGGGUUGGGCCCGCUGGAGAAUACGGUCCAAUACAGUUGGCUCAUCGAAAUGCUGCAGACGUUCUUUGGCUUCGAGGGCGACACGCUGACGGCCGACAAUUGGGAAGCGGUGUACGACAGUAGUGCAAAGACCAUGUCGCAGCCCGACUGGUCGAGUGAGGUGUUGCGUCGCAGCAAGCUCCGCGGGGUCUUCCUAACCAACGAUUUCGACGACGAACUGGCCGGAUUCGAUCCUGAAGUCUAUGUGCCCUGCCUGCGUACCGACGAUUUGGUGUUUCACCUGGGUCGUAAGGAAGUCCGCGAGCGCCUUGAAUCCUCCUCCGGAGUCGCUAUUAAAGAUGUCGCCUCGCUGCGAUCCGCCAUCGCGGCCCGCUUCGAGCACUUCUUCAAUCGAGGCGCCCGCGCUUGUGCGAUCUCACUUCCGCCCGACUUCGAACCGAUGCCCGUUGAAGCGGCCUCCGCAGAAACGGCCCUGCAAGGCGUUCUGGCCGCCGGAACGCAAGCCGAUGCUCCACGGUUGCGGGAAUGCAGCCAGGCGGUGUUCUGGAUGCUGGCCGAAUUGUGCGCCGAGUACGGCUUGCCGUUCGACCUGAUGAUUGGCGUGAAUCGCGCGGUUUACCCUGGCGGCGUGUUCCAGGGGCAAGACCUCUACGACAGCCGCGUUUCGCUUAUUCAAUACCGGCGAUUGUUCAAUGCUUUCCCGCAGGUCACCUUCCCGCUUUCGGUGUUGGCCAGCGUCACCAAUCAAGAGUUAACUAGCUACAGUUGGAUCUUUCCCAAUGUCCUAACCAACGGGCAUUGGUGGUACUCGAACACGCCCACGUUCAUCGAGUACGACCUCUCCGCACGGUUGGAAGCUGUGCCCCGCACGAAGCAGAUAGGCUACUACAGCGACAUGUACAAGCUCGAGUUCGCGCUGCCGAAGUUCGCGAUGUACAAGCGAAUCCUGGCGAAAGUGCUGGCCGAACGUUUCGUCAUCGAUCGCGGGUGGAGCGAAGAACGAGCCGUGGCGUUCGGAACCCAAGUGCUCAGGGACAACACCGAGACCGUGUUCUACAGCCGCGAGGGUGAGUAG